CAUGCCCCUGACACGGGCACAGCCGGCCCCUGGCCCGGAGGCCAUGGAGACGGUGGCUCCAGCUGUGGACCUGGUGCUGGGCGCCUCGGCCUGUUGCCUGGCCUGUGUCUUCACCAACCCCUUGGAGGUGGUGAAGACGCGGCUGCAGCUGCAGGGGGAGCUGCAGGCCCGGGGCACCUAUCCUCGGCACUACCGGGGCUUUGUGGCCUCUGUGGUCGCUGUGGCCCGUGCAGAUGGGCUGUGCGGCCUGCAGAAGGGGCUGGCUGCCGGCCUCCUGUACCAGGGCCUCAUGAACGGCGUCCGCUUCUACUGUUACAGCCUGGCAUGCCAGGCCGGGCUCGCCCAGCAGCCGGGUGGCACCGUGGUCGCGGGCGCGGUGGCAGGGGCACUGGGAGCCUUCGUGGGGAGCCCUGCUUACCUGGUCAAAACGCAGCUGCAGGCCCAGACGGUGGCCGCGAUGGCUGUGGGACACCAGCACCCUCACCAGAACGUCCUGGAUGCCUUGGGGACCAUCUGGCGGCAGCGGGGCCUGGUGGGGCUGUGGCAGGGUGUGGGUGGGGCCGUGCCCCGGGUCAUGGUCGGCUCGGCUGCUCAGCUGGCCACCUUCGCCUCCGCCAAGGCCUGGGUGCAGGAGCAACAGUGGCUCCCAGAGGACAGCUGGCUGGUGGCCCUGGCCGGGGGCAUGAUUAGCAGCGUAGCUGUGGUCACAGUCAUGACCCCCUUCGACGUGGUCAGCACGCGGCUGUACAAUCAGCCUGUGGACGGAGCGGGCAGGGGCCGGCUGUAUGGCGGCCUCGCCGACUGCCUGGUGAAGAUCUGGCGGCAGGAGGGCCCCCUGGCGCUCUACAAGGGUCUGGGCCCCACCUACCUGCGCCUGGGUCCCCACACCAUCCUCAGCAUGCUCUUCUGGGAUGAGCUCCGGAAACUGGCCGGGCGGGCCCAGCACCAGGGCAGCUAGGCGGCGUCCUUCAGCCUGACACAGCCGGGCCCUUGGCAGGAAGUGACGGCCCGCGCUGGGAAUGGCCGUCCCGGAGCCCGCCCAGGCCCAGGCCCUGCCGCAGGUUCGGGGAGGGUGUAGACAGCUGUGGUCAACCCAGCCCCGUGGCCCACCCAGGGCCAACAGAUCCGCCUUGAAUCACCACCCACUCUGUUCUCCAGAAAGCUCUUCCCUCUCUGUCCUGGGUAACCUUAUCUCAUUGUUCUAAUAACCGCUCCAGGGCGUGAACAUCACCGUGAGCUGGGCCGCUUACGUGCACCAGCUCGCUUAGUCCUCACACAGUACGAGACAGUAAAAUGCUGUUACUGAUUCGGAAGCGGAGGCUCAGAAAGGUGAAGUGCUUUGACCAAAGCCACACAGCUUUGAAGGGGCAGAGAACCCAGCUUUGCCCAGCCCAGACCUGUGCCCUUGGCAAGAGCCAGGACCAUGGGUGCUGGGUGCCCCUGAGGGAUCACUGUACAUGUGGGGACGCCCUGGGGAGCAUCGUGAGGCCAUAAUGUCAUCGUCUGUGUUAGACUGGCAGGGCCGCUGUCAUAGAGGACCUCAGACUAGGCGGCUUAAACAACACAACGUUAUUUUUUCGUAA